CGUAGUUUGUGAACUUCGGAGAGGUAAAACAAAGAUAUACCCAACAACAGCGUAGAAUAACGUCUGGAUGAGGCUGUGCAUAGCUGCUAGUGACAGUAACACGGUGUAUCCAUCUCAAGUGUUGGACAUGAUGCAAAGAGAAAAGCGUCUGUGUUUGAGCAUGAGAUACAAUAGGUGAGAUACGCUCAAUACCACCCAGUUGCUUCUGCACACCGUGGGAUGGAUCACAAGGUUAUGUUUCUGUAGUUAAUACAAACAGCCUUCACAGUCUGGACUGUAAAUUCACACGAACUUCCAUCAUAUUUGUUCCUCAGUCAAGUAUGACGGAAUCAGUUGUCACAGACACUAAUGAACUGCCCCGUAGUACAGAUGACAAUGUCACCAGUGACCCCAAUGAACAAAAGGUGAAAGAAAUAAUUCAACUGGAGAAAGGUGAUAAAGAGAGUGUAUGGCCUCAGUCUGGGAGAAGGAGGUCGUCAGUAACAUUUGACGAGAACGUCACACAGAUUCGCUUUGAGAGGGUGGAGCAGUUGGACCUGCAUGUGUAUAGACGGCGGUGGGUGGUCCUGGCCCUCUUCUCCCUGUUCAGUUGCCUCCAGGCCGCAGUGUGGAACCAGUGGGGCCCAAUAGCGGCAGUGAGUGAACGUGUGUUCGGCUGGACAGAUGGAACUAUUGCACUGUUUGUCAACUGGGGUCCUAUUGCCUACAUCCUCACAGCGCCGCUCUGGUCAUGGAUACUGGAUACCAAAGGGUUGAGGCUGUCGUGUCUGGUUGCUAUGGCGCUGAUAGCUGUAGGGUCCGGUCUCCGCUGUCUGGUACGAACACCCCCGGCCUACACAUGGGUUGCUAACGGCGGGCAACUGUUAAAUGGGGCUGCUGGCCCGGUUGCUAUGGGUGGCAUUGCCAAGUUGUCCUCCGUUUGGUUCCCACCCGAGGAAAGAGCCACAGCGACUGCCAUUGGUUAUGUCAUUCAAGGCUUGGGCAUCGGACUAACGUUUGUGAUCGGGCCUCAGGUUGUACAAGAAGACACACACGUUUACAACUUUACUCUGGGCAACAGGUCUUCCCUGAGUGCGAGUGACAACGUAAUGGAAGCUGAUGUCAUCAGCCAGCAGAGACACCAAAUCAUGAACUACCAGUACGCCACAUUUGGCGUGUGUGCGGUUGUUCUUCUAACUAUGCUGAUGUACUUCCCAAGUCGACCCCCCAAACCUCCUUCUCCAUCUGCUGCAACCACAAGACUGGACUACCUGGCAGGUCUCAAACAGCUCUUUAGGAAGGGGCGAUUCUGGCAGAUAGGAUUGGCCUAUGGUGUGUCAACGGGAACUCGCGAUGCCUGGUCCUCAAUGCUUGACGUCAAUCUGAAGGCACACGAGAUAUCGCAGAAACAGGCAGGAUGGCUUGGAUUCUAUGGAACUAUAGCUGGGUCAAUUGCAGUCAUUGUUACAGCAAGAUUUGCCGAUCACUUCCAGAAACGACUGAAGCUAUUUAUCUUGUUGCUGACGAUUAUCACCACAGCGGCGUAUUUGUGGCUGAUUUUGUUGAUACUGGGCAUUUUACCCGAAUCAAAAGGGUCUACGUAUGCAUCUUAUAUCCUGACCUCCAUUAGCAGCGGGUCCCUCAGUCCGCUGUUUUAUGAACUUGUCUGUGAGACGUCCUACCCUGUAGCAGAGGGCGUCACUAAUGUCAGCCUCACCUCCAUGAACAAUCUGGCAGGCUUGGUGUUCCUGGGAGUCAUGUCAGUGCCUGGGAUAGGGACUGUCUGGAUGAACUGGCUGCUUGUGUCAACCUUCUGUCUGGCUAUAUUCCUGCUGAUUCUCCUGCCAGAGGGUCACAACCGCCUCGACGUCGACCAGCAGCAAGGGGACCCAGCUCAGGGUACAUGUUGAAGGGUUAGGAUCAGGGUAAGGGUUAGGGUUUGAGGACACAACCGCCUCGACGUCGACCAGCAAGGGGGCCAAGCUCAGGGUACAUGUUGAAGGGUUAGGGUUAGGGUUAGAGUUAGGAUUAGGGUUUGAGGACACAAACGCCUAGACAUCGACCAGCAGCAAGGGGGCCAAGCUCAGGGUAUAUGUUGAAGGUUGAGGGUUAGGGUUAGGAUUUGAGGACACCACCUCCUAGACGUCGACCAGCAAGGGAACAAAGUUCAGGGUACAUGUUAAAGGGUUAGGGUUAGGGUUAGGGUUUGAGGACACAACCGCCUAGACGUCAACCAGCAGGACGGGAGUCAAGCUGAGGGUAGAUGUUGAAGUCGCUUGAACCACACAUGAAAAGUGAAGGAACAGUAUUUCAGUCACGGCGUGUCAACUCAAUGUAAGAGGGGAGCUUUUAGUGACACAGGUAUAAUAACCAAGGAGAUACAUUUUGUGACACCAAAAUGGUCACGUUAAAUGCGAAUCAGGUCAUGUAUUUGAGAGAUAGGCAUAAGAUCAUAAGGUCUGUCAUAAGAUAAUGUCUUUCUAAUAUACAGAAGGUACGUCUGUCUACCUGUGCAAUAUGAAACGUCACCGCCAGAGAAUAAUCCGCCUCGUGUAUCUGCAGAAGCCAUAGGGCGUAAAUGGCAAAAUGGUGGUGAAAAUUAUAUGAAUGGAUCACUGAAAAACUCAGUUGAUGUUAAAAACCACGAACAUUACUGUUGAUUAUUCGCCAUACUUUACUGGUGUUGACUUAGACGUGAGAUUCUUCACUUGUAAUUCGGUGCACGUAGCUAGCAGCCUGUUCAACAUUCACGGCGAGCGGCUUGUGUUGGAAGCAGUGGACAAUUCCUGUCAGAUGUAGUUCCACUGGUACACGAACAGGCAUGUGGAUGUAUUUGUUGUACACCCUCCUCAAGUGUUUGGUUAUUGUGCGGUCAAACAGAAACAGUCUUACGUCUGUGUUUUUUACAAUUUAGAGGACUAUUUGCCCAUCAGCAUAAUAAAAACUAAAGGGACA